CAUUAUAUAAGAGAUUCGAAAAGUACCUGGAGCAAAGAAAAAUACUUAAGUCGUUUUCAGUAACUUUGUAAUUCUCAUGUUAGAAGGCGUUUCAAUCAGAGACAAAUAUAUAAAGGGUGAUUACACAUUUGCUUUGCGUGUAUUUUACCAAUGAUUUCAUGUUUACGCCGAUCGCACACAGGCUUUUAACGCAACAUGUGCGACACAGUUCAAAACAUAUAUGUUCGCACAAUCAUUUUAUAGAAUUAUCAUACUUGAGGGAAAUUAGAUUUUGAAAGAGGGAAAUAAGAAGAGUCUCUUGGUCGUACCAAGAUGUUCAGGAAUAUUAUUGUGGGGAUAUCUGGUGGUGUCGACAGCGCUGUGACAGCCUUUUUGCUGAAAAGUAAAGGAUUUAACGUUACUGGAGCAUUUAUGAAAAAUUGGGAUAUUAGAGAUGAAACAGGAAAAUGUACAAUUGAGAAAGAUUAUAUCGAUGCUCAGUGGGUUUGUGACAAACUAAAAAUUCCUCUUGUACAAGUUGACUUUGUAAAAGAGUACUGGAAUGAAGUUUUUAGCGAUCUUGUGGAAAAGUAUCAGACUGGAUACACGCCGAAUCCAGAUGUUCUUUGUAACAAGAAUAUAAAGUUUGAUAAAUUUUUUCAUUUUGCACGCAAUAAACUUCAAGCCGAUGCUAUUGCCACUGGUCAUUAUGUCAAAACAAGCUUUGGACCAUAUCUGGAAGACUAUAAAGCAGAUUCUGGUGUACACUUGUUGCAAGCACAAGAUAGAGAUAAGGAUCAAACAUUAUUCCUGAAUCAAGUGCCGCAACAAACUUUAAGACGUUGCAUGUUUCCUCUUGGAAAUUAUCUAAAAAGUUACGUAAAGACUAUAGCCAAGGAAGCAGGCUUAUACCGGGUGGUACAGAAGAAAGAGAGUAUGGGCAUCUGCUUUGUGGGAAAACGUCAGUUUGAGCAUUUUAUUUCGGAGUACAUAAAUGACAAGCCUGGUGACUAUAUAGAUUUGGACAGCGGACUGACAGUAGGCAAACAUAAUGGCAUUCACAAAUUGACAAUAGGACAGAGAUGCAGAAUCAGCGGCAGAAAAAACGCUUCUUUUGUGUUUAAAAAAGAUCAAGAGACGAACACUAUCUUAGUGGUAGAAGGUACGAUCCAUUCAGCAUUACUGACCGAUUUCAUGAUAACGCAAGAUAUUCAUUGGAUCAUUGAGGAACCGUACGAAUUGAGAUCGGGCGUGUUAAAUUGUAACUUUCGCUUUCAACAUAGAAACCCGUUGAUCCCCUGCAGCGUGUACAAGGCAUCCAAUAAUCGCUUAUUUAUCCGGCUUAGCGUACCGUUACGAGCGGUCACAAAGGGACAGUAUGCCGUUUUAUAUUCCGGAGAGGAAUGUUUAGGUGGCUCGGUAAUAUUAUGCCUAGGACCGUCUUAUUUUGCUCUCGGUCGGCAGAAUUGUGUAAAUGAAACUCGCCAUGAUAAUUCCACAGUGUCAACUUCAAUUGUAUAAUUUAAUUGAAUAAUUAUGCCUUUUUUCUCAUCCUAACGAUGUGUGUUUGAAGUUAUUAAAUAAAAAGUAUACAACGAG